ACCAACCAGAGAUAACGGAUGUAAACUAGUGUUAACUACGCGAUCGUUAGAAGUGUCUAGAUAGAUGGAAUGCGUAAAUGUUGAAGUGGAGUGUCUCACGGAAGCUGAAACACUGAAUCUGUUUAUGAGAAAUGUUAAAGAACAUCAGACAGUGCUUGAUCCACAAGUGAAAGAAACUGCAGAAAGAGUUGCCAAAAAAUGUGUGGGUCUGCCCCUUGUAAUUGUUACUGUAGCUAGAAGUAUGAAAGGAGUGAAUGAAAUUCACGAGUGGAGAAACGCAGAGCAGAUUAUGGACAAAGAGAAAGGGCUAUUUAAGCGGCUUAAAUUUAGUUAUAGUCGCCUAAAAGAUGAACAAGCACGACAUUGUUUCUUGUAUUGUGCAUUGUAUCCAGAAGACUAUGACAUUGGUAGGGAAGAACUGAUAGAGUAUUGGAUUGCUGAGGGACUAAUACGUGAGACGGGCAAUAGAGAAUCAAUGUACAGCAAAGGUCACACUAUAUUGAAUAAACUCAUUAAUACCUACUUGUUGGAAGAAGGUGAAUGGAAAGAAUCUGUGAAGAUGCAUGAUUUGAUAAGAGAUAUGGCUCUCAAAAUAACAUCAACUAAUCCUCGAUUCAUGGUCCGAGCUGGUGAGGGAUUAAAAAGAGUUCCACAUAAAGACUGGUCUGAGGAUCUUGAGAGGGUUUCCUUAAUGUGCAACGAUAUUGAAGUACUUCCUUCUGAUCCACCCAUUUGGCCUCACCUCACCACCUUCCUAUUGGAAGUCAAUUUGUCAGAAGUACUUUGGAUUCCAGAUUCUUUCUUUAUGCAUAUGCCUCGUCUCAAGGUGUUGGAUUUGUCCUACACUGCCAUAGAGUCUGCCAAAUUCCAUCUCCAUGUUGGAGAAUUUGCAUCAACUGUUGCUACGUCAUUGUUAUAA